CGCGACCAACUCAGGUGGUAAUAACCACGUCGAGACUAUCGUCUUCUUCUUCAUCACUUCACUCCUCGCGUCCUGUUUUGAACUUGGGCAGUCUACUUCUACCCUCGUUAACUUCCCCCUCUAUCUCUUCACAACCUUUUCCUUCGAACCUCUCUUGAUAUUUGACCUAUCCGUUUUGACUUCUUGAUCUCUCCCCGCAAACCUAGCCGCAAUCCAUCCUUUUGUCACUCAAAUCGCCUUGAUCAUCCGCCCUAGAUCGACUUCGCCAUCCUCCCCCUUUGCCUCGAUCUGAGGCGCCAAUCAUCAUGGCCGACGGCAUCGUCAUCAAUGCCAAAAACUUUCACGACCGCCUCGCUUCCCUCUAUAAUGCUUGGAAAGCCGAUAAGCGGUCAUCCGAUGGCUCCUUCGCUGGUGCAGAUUCCUUAGCCAUCAUCACGGGCAAGCCUGAUGAGGAGACCGUCUAUCACAAGAACAAUGCCAUUCAUUUCUGGCUUCUUGGCUAUGAAUUUCCUGCGACCCUCAUGCUCUUCACGCAAGCCGUGCUGUACGUCGUCACUACGGAGAAAAAAGCAAAACAUCUGUCUGGCGUUAAAGAUGGCAAAAUCCCUAUCGAGAUCAUUACCCUAUCCACCAAGAAUCCGGAAAGCAGAACUCAAGCCUUUGAAAAGAUCAUCGAUCACAUCAAGACUGCAGGCAAAAAAGUUGGCGUCAUACAGUCACCUGAAGUCCACGGGCCAUUCCCAGAAGAAUGGUGGAAAACGCUGGGUGAUAUCUCCAAAGACGUUGAACAAGUCGACAUUUCAAGUGCCAUCUCCUCUGUCCUCGCUCUCAAAGAUGAGACUGAGCUGCGCAAUAUGCGCACUGCCGCUCGCGCGGGCAGCGCCCUGAUUGCCGAAUACUGGGUCGACGAAAUGUCACAAGUCCUCGACUCGGAGAAGAAAGUCAGCCAUCGAAAUCUGUCCAACAAACUGUCAGGCAAGAUCGACGACACAAAGUUCUUCAAAAAUGUUGCCAAGCUCUCUGGCGACUUCGACAACCAACAGUUGGACUGGGCUUACGGGCCUAUCGUGGAAAGCGGUGGAAAGUACGAUCUGAAAUACAUCGCACAAGCCGACGACGAUAACCUACAUUCAGGUUGUAUCGUCGCUGGAUUAGGCUUCAGAUACAAAACCUAUGCCUCUGUCCUCGCUCGAACAUAUCUGAUUGACCCAAGCAAGUCGCAGACUGCCAAUUACAAGCUUCUCAUGUCAGCCCAUGCCGCCGCAUUGAAGGAGAUCAAGGACGGAGCUUUACCCAAGGACGUGUACAACAAAUCCCUUGGGGUGCUCAAGGCAAAAAGACCCGAUCUUGAGAAGCACUUUGGCCGGGACAUUGGAGGGGCUAUUGGUAUCGAGGUCAAGGACAGCAAAAUGUUGAUUAAUGGCAAGAAUACCAAGCCUUUGAAGGACGGCAUGACCCUCAGCAUCACCACUAGCCUUACCGACCUUACCAACGACAAGCCUCAAGACAGCAAGGGCAAGCUCUACACACUGGUCAUCACAGAUACCGUUAGAGUCACUCGUGGUGACCCAGUCAUCUUCACUAAAGAGGCUCCCACCGAUCUUGAUUCAAUUGAAUUCUAUUUCAAGGACGAUGAGGAAGACACCAAGCCCAAACAAGAAAAGGCAAAGAAGCCAGGGUCAAGCGCAAUCGUGACUGCAAAUAUCAAGUCAAGCCGAUUGCGGGCUGCGAAUCGAACGGACAAUUCAAAGGAGGAAGAGGAGGCCAGACGCCGUGAACAUCAAAAGGAGCUGGCGGCGAAGAAGCAACGAGAAGGCGUAGAGAAAUAUGCAGAGGUGACGGGAAACCUCAACGGCGAUUCAGAGAAGAAGUUCAAGAAGUUUGAAUCGUACAAGCGGGAUGGGCAACUCCCUCCACGGGCCAAGGACAUGAUCGUAUGGGUGGACCUCAAGGCCUCGACUGUCAUCCUACCCAUCAUGGGCCGGCCUGUCCCCUUUCACAUCAACACCAUCAAGAACGUCAGCAAGUCGGAUGAAGGCGAGUACACGCACCUCCGGUUCAAUUUUCUCUCCCCGGGCCAGGGGGUGGGACGAAAGGAUGACUCGCCAUUUGAAGAUCCUACGGCGCAUUUCAUCCGUUCAUUGACCAUUCGGUCCAAGGAUCAAGAUCGGUUGUCAGAAGUUUCGGCGCAAAUCACCGAGCUCCGAAAAUCUGCUGUUCGGCGCGAACAGGAAAAGAAAGAGAUGGAAGAUGUGGUGGAGCAAGACAAGUUGAUCGAGAUCCGCAACCGUCGGCCUCAUAAGCUUUCUGACGUCUAUCUCCGACCUGCACAAGACGGUAAACGUGUGCCUGGUGAGGUAGAAAUUCACCAAAACGGUCUUCGCUACCUGUCGCCAUUGCGUAACGAGCAUGUCGACGUGGUGUUUUCCAACGUCAAACAUUUGUUCUUUCAACCUUGCGUGGGUGAGCUCAUUGUGCUGAUUCACGUGCACCUCAAGAAUCCUAUCAUCAUUGGGAAGCGCAAGAGCAAGGACGUUCAAUUCUAUCGCGAGGCCACAGACAUGGCGUUUGACGAGACGGGCAACCGGAAACGAAAACACAGAUAUGGGGAUGAUGAAGAAUUUGAACAAGAACAAGAAGAGAGGCGACGACGAGCGGAGCUCGACCGUCUAUUCAAAGGGUUCGCGGAGAAGAUCUCUGAUGCGGCCAGAGAAUACAACAUUGCGGUGGACAUCCCCUUCCGAGAGUUGAGCUUCAAUGGUGUCCCAUUCCGCAGCAACGUGCUCAUGGCUCCCACGACGGACGCGUUGGUGCAACUGACGGAACCGCCAUUUACCGUGAUCACUCUUGAUGAGAUUGAAAUUGCACAUCUGGAACGAAUCCAGUUUGGGUUGAAAAACUUUGACAUGGUGUUUGUGCAUAAAGACUUCUCACGACCACCGACGCAUAUCAAUACGAUCCCAGUGGAAUCCCUGGACCGGGUCAAGGAAUGGCUCGACAGUGUUGACAUUGCAUACACGGAAGGACCUUUGAAUCUGGCGUGGGGAACGAUUAUGAAGACGGUGACGACAGACCCUCACCAGUUCUUCAAGGAUGGAGGCUGGUCAUUCUUAGGCACGGACUCGGACGACGAAAACUCGGAAGAAUCGGAGGAGGAAUCGGCGUUUGAGAUGAGUGACUCGGAUCUCGCGGCGAGUGAAUCUGAAAGUGAGGACGAAAGCGAGUUUGACGACGACGCCAGCGCGAGUGAUGAUGAGGGCGAGGCCGACAGCGGGUUGAGUGACGAAGGCGAAGACUGGGACGACAUGGAAACCAAAGCCAAAAAGGAAGACCGAAGAAAUGGCGCUGGAGAUGACGACGACAAGCCGAGAAAGCGGAAGCGAUGAGCUCAUGAGGCUUUAGUUUGACACAACGGUACAGGUUUCUGCUUUGAUGGGCAGACUGGAGAAGAAUGAGCACAGCCCUUUGUCAUUGCGAGAGGACAACAACAUGUGCCGUGGGACGAGGGACGAGGGACGUUUGCCCAAGCGGGUUGCAGAGUGAUUAUGUUCCUGGAGCUCCCAGAGGUGCUUGGAUGCCUGUAUUUUAAUUCCUACACGAAUGACAAAAGCGAGAUCCAGUCUGGAGGCAACUAGCUCUGGAAUGGGAGAUAGCAAAGUGGUCCAAAAACGAUUGCGUCUUCAGCCUUUGUUCUACGUGGACCAGGAAGACAAGAGUGUUGACCCAAUUCUGAUGACCAUCGCUUCUAGUCGGUUGAAGCCGGUCCUCAAGGAUUGCUCAACAGUCAAAAUGAGCGCCUGAUUGCUGACUUUGACGACAAGGACAAGGACAAGGACAACGGGAAUGACUACCCAAGGUGCGAGAAACGAGGUUUUCUCAUUGGCCGCGGGUUCACUGAGAGAG